AUGCCUAGCGCCGCCCAAAAAGACGAGCUCUUUGAGCUUGUGUCGUCGAUUCAUUCAGCAGCGGCGGAUAUAACGAAGUUCUGCGAAAAGCGUCGGCUCCCACAACCAUCCUCUUCGGCUCCCGCGCCUAGCCUUGACCUGACUCUAGAAAAUGCGCCAUACUUCAACGCAAAGGCCGCCAUCGUUGACGCUGCGGAGCAGCUCAUUCGGCUUAUCCGGGGUCCAAGGGAGCAGUUGCUGGCAUUGAGUUUCGAGCAUUGUGCUUCGGCCUCCUUUCAGGUGAUUCUCAAGUACAAGUUCGCCAGCCACGUCCCGCUCAAGGGGACCACCACAUAUGCGGCGAUCUCUCAAGCCGUCGGCAAGCCUGAGAUUCAACCGGCGCUUGUUGCGCGUAUCCUUGAGCAUGCCACGUCUUACGGCUUGUUCGAUGUUCAACCCGGUGGGCUGGUAGCGCACAACCCCACAUCUGCGCUUUUGGUCGCCGAUCCUGAUCUAGAGGCUUGGAUGGAUCUCAGCGCAACCAUCGCGUAUCCCGCGGGCGCUUCCAUCCCGAAGGCUCUUGAACAGUAUGGCUACAGCAUGGAGGCCGAUGAAGCUCCUUACGGGGUAUCCAUCGGUCGCAAAAUCUCCCAAUUCCAACGAUUCCGCGAGGCCGACGGGACUCAACUGCAUGAGAUGUUCGCCCGUGCGAUGCGCGGAAUUGCCGCGGGAGGUGCCUACGAUUUCCGCCAUGCGGUGAACGGAGGGUAUCCCUGGCACACGUUGGAUCAGUCCGGGCAUCUCAUCGUUGACGUCGGCGGCGGUCCAGGCCAUGUGUCAAUCGCGCUGGCCGAGAAGUACCCCAAGCUUCGAUUUGAGGUCCAGGACUUGCCGGAGACCGUAGCCGUUGGCGAAAAGUCCUGCCCAGAGGCUCUCAAGUCGCGCAUCAUGUACAGGCCCCACGAUUUUAUGACGCCGCAGCCGCCUCAUGAUGUGGCUGACAACGAGGGCAUUGCCUAUUUCUGUCGCUUCAUCCUCCAUGACUGGAGCGACAAGUAUGCGCGGAACAUCCUGCAAGGCCUUGCAUCUGCUCUGCGGCCACAAGACCGGAUCAUCGUCAACGAGGUUGUCGUUCCAGACCCUGGAACGGAAAGCCGCGAGAGAGAACGCCGGAUGCAGUAA